GCUUUCUCUGGUGGACAGAGCGUAGAUGUUCAGCAAAGCGGUCUCCCAGUCUGCGUCAGGUCUCGCCAAUAUAUAAAAGGCGAAUAUAUCAAUGGCUAUAUAGUAGUUUAGGACAUCCUAUUAGAAAUGAAAAAAGUGAAAGAAUAAAUUUAAAUGGCUUCAUCUUUCUCCCUUUUAAGUUGCUAUGGCAUAUUUUAAGGGGAGAGUAUUCCUUUGAUCUAUAUUCAAACUUAACACACAUGAAAUGUUACCAAUCUAGAUAAGCCUUUUAUUAGUGUGCAUAUGAGCAGUAGAAUGUGGAUUGUUGAUGGGUAUGUGAGGAAAAUAAUAUGGGAGUAAUGCAUGUUGAUGUUUGAAGGAGAGGAUGACUCCAGUGGGUUGAAAUGUCUUUUUAUCCAUGCUAUAUGGUUCUGGGGCUUUAUACUCAGUGGCCAAUUUAUUAGGUAUCUCCUAAAAGAUGGCUUUCUGCAAGCUACUGUUGUAAUGCAUGGUUGUUUGAGUAACUAUCGCCUUCUUGUCAACUUGAAUCAGUCUGGCCGUUCUCCUAUGAUUUCUCAUUAACGAGGAGUUUUUGCCCACAGAUCUGCUGCUCACUGGAAGCUUUUUUGUUUUUCACACCAUUCUCUAUAAACUGUAGAGACUGUUGUGCUUGAAAAUCCCAGAAGACCAGCAGGUACUCAGAUCACCCUCUCUGGUACCAGCAAUCAUUCCACAAUGUCACUUAGAUCAUAUUUCUUCCCCAUUCUGGUGUUUGGUCUGAACAACAACUGAAUAUCUUGAGCAUAUCUACAUGUUUUAAUGCAUUGAGUUGCUGCUACAUGAUUGGCUCAUUAGGUUAAUGAGCAGGUGUACAGGUGUACCUAAUAAAGUGGCUACUGAGUGUAUAAUCCUUCACAGUUAUAUGUAGUAACUAUGAUAUUUCGAACUAGAGGUGCAGUUGGCAAUGGGAACAAAUCUUCAGUGAUUGAGGCCUGACAUUGACUGACACAACUUUCUUCCUGUGGCCUUCACAGUUUUGUUCUAGAAAGCCCUGCAAACAGAUGUGCAUCUUUCAUUUGCUGUGUUCAGUCUCUGUUCAUGUUGUGUGACCAUAAUUCACUCCACGUGCCUCAUAAUGGAGCCCUGGACUACAUCCAUGUGAUCAAAUUUCAGAUGGUGAUGGGGAGGCGUACAGGUGUGAGAUAGAUCAGCUGCAGCAACAGCCUUGUACUCAACGUCAGUAAGACCAAGGAAUUGAUUGUGGACUUCAGGAAGGGCAAGUCGAAGGAACACACACCAGUCCUCAUUGAGCGAACAUCAGUGGAAAGGGGACCACACUCAAGUCCCCAAGGACAAUGUCUGUGAAACUGCACUUUGCCUCUCCUGCUGAUUCUAGUGGGCUCAAUCGCAGUCGUUCGUUCACUGGAUUUGGUUCACUGACAAGUAGAAGAGCCCAGGCUUCUUUUGUCAGUAGAAGUUCUCCAUUAUCAAGAAAUUCUUCAGUAAAAUCAACAAAGAGGCUAGUGACGUCGCCAAAAAACUCUAGCACUUUGGAGCCACAGCCAAUUCGUGUGGAGAAAAUAUGCAAAUCAUUAAGGAAAGGCCUGAACAACUAUCUUCAAUCAUACCGAAAUGAAUUGGAUUUGCUGACCAUGCAACAAAAAGACAUGAAAAGGAACUCCAGAUUGGCUUUUUUAUAUGAUCUAGAUAAGCAAAUUAGAAGUACUGAGAGAUACAUCAGGAAAUUGGAAUUUCACAUCAGCAGGAUAGAAGAAUUGUAUGAGUCCUACUUCAUCCAAUGGCGUCUACGCAAUGGAGCCAACAACAUGAGAAGAGCUUACUCAGUGUCUCCUUCUACCAAAGGAUCACGGGAAACACUGCUGGAGAUUAACAGGAACUACAAGUUAUGUACAGAGGAUAUGUGUGUGAUAGAGAGGACACUGGAGAUUCUCCUUGGUGAAUUUCACAUCAGAAUGAAAGGUUUGAUUGGUUUUGCUCGCUUAUGUCCCGGAGAUCAUUAUGAGGUAUUGUUUCGGUAUGGUCGACAGAGAUGGAAGUUAAAAGGAAAAAUCAAUGCUGACGACAGACAAACAUGGGAUGAAGAAGAGGUGGUCUUCAUACCUCACCUUAAUGAAGAUAUUGAAAUCAAGGUUGCUGAAAUGAAAGGGCUGAUGACUGUUUUGGUUGGAAGCGUUACUUGUGAAAGUGCAGAUUUUUUUACAGCACAGCCCCAGAUAAUGAUUGUGGAUAUUACUGACCUAGGCACUAUUAAACUUCAGCUGGAAGUCACGUGGGAUCCAUUUGAUGCUGAUGAGAUAUCAGUAACAUCUGGCUCAGUAUCCAAAUUCUCUUGGCCAAGUCGUAAAGGCUCUGUGUACAACUGGACACCUCCCAGCACCCCCAGCUUCAAGGACAAGUACUUCUCUAGAAACAUUGGACAAGAGGACAAACUGCCUACAUUACAUCAGGAAACAAAAGGAACUUUCAUUUUUAAUCACUCAGGAAAUUGCUUCCACAAUACACAUUUGUCAUCUGUGCCUGAAAAUGAAAAAUUUUAUAAUUAUGCAAAUAUAGAUAAACAAGGAGCCAGUGACAAUAGGCAUGAUUCAUUAGCUUUCCAAGAAGCACACAGGGAAUUCUCCCAAAGCUUCCAGGAUGGUCUUUUUACAGAAAAAACUCUGCAAUCAACACAUGCAGAACCAAAACCUCCUGAUCAAAGGGAGUUUCAGAAUGAUUCACUACAAGCCAGACGAUUUCAAAGUUGUUCAGCUUUGACAGAAUCCAUUUUUCACGUAGGACCACAGCCGAGGUUUCAGUGGCCCACUGAGAAACCUGCUGGACAGGAGUCAACUUAUCGAGUCUGGAGCACAGAACCUACAGAUCUAUUCAGUUCACAGAGAUCAACGACAUCCUGUAAACACAAAAAAAACACUUCAGUCUGUUCUGAAAAUUCCAAGACAGAUUACAUUUCGGUAGAUAUUGGAAUCAUCCUUCAAGAAAUAUUGAUUACUCUAAGGGCAGAUCACAGAAACCACAAAGAAUUACAAAAUCUAGAGCGACAGGUUCUGCACUUAGGAGAUAUUCUUAAGAAAGAAGUUACAGAGAGCAAAAAUGCAUCUACUAUCAGUCUAAGUGUUGAAACAGUCCUAGAAAGCUUCAAUUUCCUAAAUGCUGACUCACUUGAAGAUAAUCUUUCAUGCAAUGGGAGUGUUAGGAUGAAGCAUGUAAAAUAUGGCACAUACAAUAAAGGUAAUGUUUGUCAGUUUACCAAGAGUGGAGAUUUAGGAAUUACUGCAGCAGGAUCAUUUCCCCUAACAUCAAGGAACCAGUGUCUUGAUAACAUCCUUUUAAUACAUCUGCAGAUAUGCAAGAGGCUUCUACAGAGAUUUUCAUCAAUUGAUUCUGUAUUGGUCAUUGAGAACUGUAUAUUAGAGGAACUCUCUCAGCAGAUCCAGGUGUUGGAAGCCCUAGCUCCAUUCUGUUAUGAGAAGUCAGAAAAUAUUAAAUCAGUGGAAGAAGUCAUUCCAAAAUCAAAGAAUAUCAAAUCAGUCCUGUCAUUUUGGGGUAAAUGUACAGAAGGAGGAUGUAUUUUAUAUUUAUCAGCUGAACAGUUCCUCACACAGCUGAGAAAUAGUUAUACACAGAAAGUGGCUGCAAAAUACCCAGGACAGACAGAGAGAGUAUUCAGAACACUUCUGCACCAGAUUGUCAGCUGUUGUGAAUUACUGCCUUGCCCUAAUGUUGCAGAGGAAUCGGUGACAGUCUUCCAGUUUUUCAACUAUGUUAAAAAGUACAAUAUUACUCAGGUUGGAACUCAUCUGAUUAGCCUUGCAAAGGAAGUAUUUCUGCCUGAAGCACUACAUUCUACACACAAAUAUAAGGCACUGAAAAAGUUAAAAGAAAAGCUGGUGUCAGAACUGCAACCUCUGCGUCAAACAUUACAGUCCAUCAGUUUUCUUCAGUUGGAUGAGAACCCCAAAGUUGCUCAAACUGCGACAUCCUUUCUUCGAAGUGCUUUAGCAAACAACGUAUUUAGAACAAAGGCUUUGGCCUACUACACAGAAAUCUUGCAAGAAAGAGACGUACAACAACAAAGAGCUGCCUGCCUGGCACUUAAGCAGCUGAAGGCUGUGGAAAGCAUUGAACAGAUCAGCAGCUUGUGCCACUCUCAAGCAGCACAAGUUCACAAUGCAGCAAGAGAAACCCUUCUGUCAUUUGGUGAAAAAGGUCGUUUAGCCUAUGAGGCAGCUGACCAACUUUGGUAUGAAGGACUGAAGCAAAACUCAACCACUCAAAUUACUAUUCUCUGAACAUUGAAUUUUUAAACCUUGUUAAUAUACAUUGUUUAAUAACUGUGCUUACUUAGUGAUUAUAUUGUAUAAAGAUUUUAUGAAGUGGUUAUUCACCAAGGUCCAGAAUAUUAAUGUGCAAGAAAAUGGCUAUAUUUAGAUCACAUGAAAAAGCUGGACUUACUUUUACUAUCGAUCAAAUGUGCAAAUAUUCUGUAGACUACCUAACUCUUAGAUUCUUUAAUAAAUGUUUGAAGUAUUUGGAAUAAACCAUCAUUUUGUAACCACAGUUGCAUUAAGUAAAAUCAUAAUGACAGGUGUUACCAGACUCCCUUGCUGGUUGCAAAUUAUUCAGUUAAAACACUUUUGAAGGGCACAAGAUGACUAGAGCAUGUCAUUGUCCUGACAUGGAUGGUUUUACGGUGUUGACUGAGUGCAUGUCCACACUGCAAGGAUCUAACAAAAAUCAGCUGCAGUUUACAAUCCAAACAUGGAGAUCUUUACAUUUUCAGUUAGAAAAAUGAAAAAAGUGAAAAAGAACCACAGACCAAACAUGUAGCAUUGUAUGAAUCCAUUAGGAUUCAAAUCUACUUAUAAAUAUAAUUUUUCACCCACAUCCUUCGAGUUUGUUAUUCAACUCUAAAUUGAGAAAUGAGGUUUAGGCCUUAUAUCUUGGUCUAGCAGCCAACAAUGCCACAGUAUAUUCUGAAAAAACUAACUUCCUUGCCUGAACGGCCUUUCAAAACUGCUUUGAUUUGUAUCAAGACCUGUAUAUAAAUUUGAUAUUUUUUAUGCAGAAUUUGAUUAACAUUAAUUAUCCUUUACGCAGUUACAAUAAAGGUUUAGGAGACUCAAACAUAUCAAAAGAUUUGCAAAAUUUGAAGGCAAUAAAAUUUC